UCUCACUUGGCCUUCGGUUCUCCGUGAGACAGAGAGAGAUCGAGCUUGAGAGGGAGAGAGAGGAUGAGGCCGAUCUUGAUGAAGGGCCAUGAGCGGCCGCUGACGUUCCUCAAGUACAACAGGGAGGGCGAUCUCCUCUUCUCUUGCGCCAAGGACCACACUCCUACCGUUUGGUUCGCUGACAAUGGCGAGCGCCUUGGCACCUAUCGUGGCCACAACGGCGCCGUAUGGUGCUGCGAUGUCUCCCGGGAUUCAAUGCGCCUCAUCACGGGUAGUGCUGACCAGACUGUUAAACUGUGGAAUGUCCAGACAGGAGCACAACUGUACUCCUUUAAUUUUGAUUCUCCUGCUAGAGCUGUAGAUUUUUCUGUUGGUGACAAGCUUGCUGUAAUCUCGACAGACCCCUUUAUGGGUUUACCGUCCACAAUUCAAGUGAAGUGCAUUGCCAAUGACCCUAGUGAACAGACGGGUGAAUCAGUACUCACGAUCAAAGGGCCUCAAGGGAGAAUUAACAGGGCUGUCUGGGGACCAUUGAAUAAGACUAUAAUAAGUGCUGGUGAAGAUGCAACCAUCCGCAUAUGGGAUUCUGAGACUGGGCAGCUGCUGAAGGAGUCAAAUAAGGAAACUGCCCAUCAGAAGACAGUCACUUCAUUAACAAAAUCAGCUGAUGGGUCUCAUUUUCUGACAGGUUCCUUGGAUAAAUCAGCAAAGUUGUGGGACAUCAGGACAUUGGCUCUUAUCAAGACCUAUGUGACGGAGCGCCCUGUCAACGCUUGUGCAAUGUCGCCUAUUCUUGAUCAUGUGGUCAUUGGUGGUGGUCAGGAUGCAUCACAUGUUACAACAACUGAUCGGCGUGCUGGAAAAUUUGAGGCAAAAUUCUUCCACAAGAUUCUUCAAGAAGAAAUUGGUGGUGUUAAAGGACAUUUUGGACCAAUUAAUGCUCUUGCUUUCAAUCCUGAUGGAAGAAGCUUCUCAAGUGGCGGUGAAGACGGUUAUGUAAGAUUGCAUCACUUCGACCCUGACUACUUCAACAUCAAGAUGUGAUCUCAAUUUGCCGAGAAAAAAGUUCUUUUAUCAUAUCAUUCUUGUUAUGUUCUAACUUUCCUCUCAGUUGUAAUAUGGCAUAUCAUUAUAUGUGUUUCUCAUCAAAAUUUUGUAAUUUCUGCACAUUUGUUUUUUUUUUAAAAUGUCUAGAAGUACUAGUGAUGAUGUUCCUUCCA